AUGGCGCGCGCGCUCCGGGCAGAUGAAGACCGCACACCAGCCACCUCUGAAGCACCAGUCCGCACGCGUCAUCACGCUAACAAGUGGGGCCCGCUGCUCGGUCUCAUGGACACGUGCUCGUACCUUUGUGCUCACAAACAUGUGGGCCCUUCGGUCAGCGACGCGGUGUUCGUGCGCACGACUCCGACUUCGCCGCCAUGGACACCGACCUGGUUGCGAGCGUUCUUUGACCGGGUUGUUAAGAUUUCCGCGGGUCUCGGUAACCACCACUGCACAACCCCUCCCUCGGCACCAGCUGAUUAUAAAAUCGGGUAUUGGUCCGUCAAGGGCGCCGCAUCGCCGCAGAGUGAUGGUUGUGUGACCUCCACUGAGGAUUGCCGCCACUACCCUGCUCCCUCUCCCAAGCCGCCGCCACUCCUUCUCCCUCCCCUUUCUCUCUCUUCUCCUUCUCCCUACCCCUUUCUCUACCCCGAGCCCCCACCCGACCUGGCCGCGCAGCCCCUGCCGGCGUGCACCCGACGUGACCGCGCCUGGAACACCGCCCAGGCGCCCCGCCUCUGCAUCCGCCCGCCAGCCGACGGCGGGGACGACAGCGCUGGUGCUGCUGCUGCUGCCUCCACCAGCCGACGGCGGGGAUGGGAGCUCGUCGUUGUCCGCGCCGGCGUGAUGCUGCGAGGAGCUAGCGGCGGCCGCCGCCGCCGCUGCAGGCCAGUACUCCUCCGACAGCUGCGUCGCGCUGUGGCCUGCAUGGAAGGUCACAGAGGACAAGACUCUGGUAAGGAAAAGAUUGAUAUCAAGCAACAACACUCGUGUCAAGGCAGAGUCUGGCACCUGUUAACGAUGAUGAGUUUAGUGCAACCUCAGAUCAUGCUUUGUAUCUGUAACUGGUAGAAACAAAGUUGUUGCAACAUCAUCCAUUGCCGAUGAUUUGACAGAGGUUGACAUGCCAUCAAAACGCAGGAGGCUGUUGAAUCAAGACACAAGACUAUCUAGAGCAGAAUACCUUGAUGACAACAACUCAUGUGUUACUGGUAUAUCAGCAGAAGGCAAACUUCUUGUGGAUAAGAAAAAACUUCAAGCUGGAUUGAUGUCGAUGUGGUGCUUUUGUGACUGAUCAUCUUUAGAGCUUUUGUGAAUGAUCUAGCUAGCUAUCUGUAAAUGAUCUAGUUGUGAAUGAUAUUAUAAUUGUGAUGCUUUUGUGAAUAUAUAAUUGUGGUGCUUUUGUGUUUAUGUGAUGGAUCUAUGACUAUGGUAUACUGAUUAACUGUGUAUGUUUUUAUGAUUAAUGUAUAAAAAUCUGUGAUUUGUGGUGC